AUUUCCCUCCAUCUUCUAAGUUCAAACCAAUAUUAGCCUAAUUACCCCUAUAAGAACAGAUACACCUUUAUUAGUUGUCUCCUUUAGUUUGGAAGUUCAGAAAAGAAGAAAAAAAAAAAGGAACUGAUCUAGAGCUUAGCUAUGAUGACAAUGGCAGCAACAAGCAAAAGGGGACCUUAUCUUAGUCUUAUAACAGAGGGGUUGGGGAAACAAGAGAGGAAGAUCAAUGUGGAUUUGGCUGGAGGAGCUCACAGAGUGGGUAUCUUCCAUGCAUGGAAGGGUUUUGCAUUGAAAAAAAGAGAAGUGGGAGGAGGGUGGUUGGCUGUGAAAGCCAGCAGCAGCAGUUAUCAAAGUGUGGAUCAGAUCCACAGAAGGGUCAAUGGGAUUAAGGUGGGGAAGAGACAUGGUAGCAGUGAGUGGGGGAAGGGAGGUGGUGGUGGUAUGGAUUUGCCCAGUCAUGCAUUCAAGCUUGGGAGGUUCGUGGAGGAUCGGUUUGUCUAUCGACAGACCUUCAUUAUCAGGUCUUAUGAGAUUGGACCAGACAAGACUGCCACCAUGGAGACCCUUAUGAAUCUCCUCCAGGAAACAGCUCUGAAUCAUGUAAUGAGCUCAGGCCUGGCUGGUGACGGUUUCGGGGCAACACAGGAGAUGAGUCUCAGGAAGCUCAUAUGGGUUGUCACCCGCAUACACAUACAAGUUGAAAAAUACAGUUGCUGGGGGGAUGUAGUUGAGAUUGAUACAUGGGUGGAUGCACUGGGGAAAAAUGGGAUGCGCAGGGACUGGAUAAUAAGGGAUUACAGCACUCAGCAGAUCAUAACAAGAGCUACAAGCACAUGGGUAACCAUGAACAGAGAAACAAGAAAGCUGACUAAGAUCCCUGAACAAGUCAGAGAAGAGGUGAAACCCUUCUACCUGGAUAGGAAAGCAACUGAUGUAGCCACAAAUGAUAACAAGCAAAUUGGAAAACUGACUGAUGAAACUGCAGGGAGCAUCAGAUCAGGAUUGGCUCCAAGAUGGAGUGAUAUGGAUGCAAAUCAGCAUGUAAACAAUGUGAAAUACAUUGGAUGGAUUAUGGAGAGUGUGCCAUUGAAUGUCUUGGAAGAUUAUGAUCUCAGAAGCAUGACUCUGGAGUACCGACGCGAAUGUCGGCAGUCGCAUUUACUCGAAUCCUUGACAAGAAUGAAAGCAAGUGUAGCUGAAGAUUCCGACCCUGAGAAUACAAGUACAUUCGGAAGAGAUUUUUUGGAAAGUACUCACCUUCUACGCAUGCAAGAAGAUACGGCAGAAAUAGUUCGGGCAAGAGCAGAAUGGCAAUCCAAGUGACCUGCCACCACAUAAUGAAAAUUUUCUAUCCUCUUUAUGUUUUUUUCUUCAUAAUUUCCCACAGGAUUUGUGAAUCAUCACUAAUCAUUCAUUCGUUUGAAGUUGGGAAGUUAUAGGCAUGAUAACCUAUUUCAUCACUGUGGUCAGCUGCUUACUGCAGUUGGUUGGCGCAUAGAGCAGUUAGAGCACUUGUGCCCAGGAGGUCUCGGGUUUGAGACUCCCAUUCCACAUCUAGUCCCCAACCAACUGUAUCCCCCUACUUUUGUAACAGAAGAAAAAGACCUAUUUCAUCACUGUUUCA